ACCAGGAAGAACCCGACAACACACCUCAUUUGUAAACACCAAAAUAUUGAAAAUAUCACCAACAUCGUGACGACACUCAGGAGGGAUGGCAGAAGCUGACCCGAGACCGGAAUACAGAUGUUUGAUUUGUAUGUCACCCUACAAAGAACCGAGACUGCUCCCCUGUGGUCAUACUUUCUGCUGCCGAUGUCUGACGUCAUACAUCGAAGCGGAACACGUCACAGCAGACGAGGACCGACACUUCUUCCCUUGUCCUGUCUGUGAGGCCCCAAUUAAUCCUUAUGGCGGCAAUCCGGCCGUAAGUACAUGGGCGACAUGUUUUCCGAAAAAUAAUUCCCUUGUUUCCCUUACAGCACAGUCGUCCGAUGUCCUUUUCUGUGAGCCAUGUCUACGCGGAAAAGAAUCGAACCCUGCCGAGGUCACGUGUACCGAGUGUGAUGAGAAGCUCUGUAAACAAUGCAGAAUUUGCCAUGAACGGAACAAGGCAUCAGCUUCUCAUCGACUUGUCUCCAUCUCUGGCAAUGUUGGACGACUUCGUAAUGUAACAGUCUACGAAAUCUGUCAUAAACAUAGCGGAAAACCUCUGGACGUGUACUGUGUAGACCACAGCGCUAUGUGCUGUAGUGUCUGUGUGUCGGUGUCACACAGACAAUGUAACAAUGUUAAACCAAUGGAGGAUGUGAUCAAGAAGACAAUAGCUAAACAGAGUCCCGGUGAGACAGAAUGGAAGGAGCUGACAGAGGAAACAAAGAAGAUGUUAGAUGAGGACGAUUUAGGGAUAACAACGCUAAACGCAAAAGAAAAGGAAGCUUCAGCGGAAAUGACCGACAGGAUACAGAAAGCUAAAGACAAGCUCGAUAGCCUUAACGCAAGAUUUCAAUCUGACCUCGAAGAUAAAUGCGGAAUAUACAGACAACAGCUAUCGUCUCGACGGAAGUAUAUCAACACCUUCAACAUCAACGCGGAAAAUUCACAUCUACUGACGUCACGUUCAGAUCAACAGUUAUCAGAGCGUCAACGAUUUUUCGUGAGAGAACAAACAAAAAAUCAGAUAUCAGGACAUUACCGGCGUAUGGAUCAAAACACAAAGAACGAACCAAAUAGGUUUGACAUCACACUGAAGCUAGAGGAAACGGUUGAUGAAAUCAUGAAAAUGAAAACCGCGGGAAAUGUUGACGUCACCUCGACACUUUCACCUGUGUCACAGAAUGCAAAUGGCCGUAUAUGUUCCUUGAUAGGAUCUUUGCUUUUGACGCCUUCAGCUGCAACAUUUUCGGACUCGACUUCGACUUCUGACUUAAUGGGUUCUCUGCAGCAUCUGACAGUCCAGACUACUCCAGUAACGGCCAGCGGUGGAUGUAUGGACCGGGUCGGUAUCUUGUGUACAUACGGUUAACACCGGCACACUUAGAGGAAAGGGAACGCCUUGGCUGAGGGGAGGAAUCUUUACCGACAACAAUGAAUUACUUAUCACAGACUACUGUAACCUUAGACUAGUACUGUUUGAUGAUAAAUAUUCCUACACGAGAGAAUAUAAAGUUAACGGUCGCCCUACAGAUAUAGCACGUGGACGUACUGCUGAUGAGAUAUUUGUGACUGUAGACCAUGACACAGAUACUGAGAUGUACACUACAGAAUGGUCAGCUGUCCGUGGUCAACACGAUCAGUAGUCUCCCUUGUACCUGGGGUAUAGCAGUACUCGGGGACAACAUCCUGGUCGGUACUCUAAGUAGUGUGGAGGUUAUGUAUAUCGAUGGGACGGUCACCAAGUCAAUAAAGAACGAAGGAGGUAACACAUACCUCGCAGUAUCUACAUCUAAGUCCACUGUAUACCACAGAGAUAACAAUGACGUAGUGUGUAGACGACUAGACAGUGACACAGUAGUCUACAGGCACAGGGAUCCUCGUCUGAAUUGUCCUAUAGCUAUCGGACUAGACCGGGAUGACAAUGUGUAUGUUUGUUGUUACGUGUCCGGAAACGUUUACCUCGUUUCACCUGACGUGUCACGUGGGAGGGUAUUACUGUCCAAGCUGUCCGGUAUCACCAGGCCGUGGUGUAUAGUGGUCCAUCCAACCAAACAGGAGUUCGUGGUUACUUCUAACCACGAAUCUACCGUACUCGAAGUGUACAAAUUCACUGACAACAGCAUAUGAAUACUUAUAUGUAUAGCAUCAAUGAAGCGGGGGCUGGGGGUUAGGGGGUUUCGGGUAGGGAUGUCGCAUUGGGUGUAUAACAAGUGCGGGCAAAGUCCGUUCAUCCGAAAUCCUAUAGAGGUAACAUCUUAUACAAUAUUAGGUAAAUUAUUGAUGCAUUUGUGAGUAAGGUUCAUUAGUACGAAUUCCGUGUAGAAGUAACGUCGUAUACAGUAUUAGGUAUGAUGAUGAUAUAUGUGUAGGGUUCGUUAGUCCGAACUCAGUUAUAAUUAGUAUAUGGUUGCGAACGAAAGGUUUCUCUAGCGGUAUGGAUUGCCAAGUGACAAUAUUGCAUUUUUAGAUAAUCAGAAAUGCUGUGUAUCAUUCUGUAUAAAUGUUUUAAAUAAAGAUUAACGCGCAACACGGGAUAUGUAGAUAGCUACUGCUAUCUAUCCGCCAUGAAAAUGAAAGAAAUAUCCAUUCGAUUCAUAUAUUAACAUAAAGACGAUUUAAAAAAAAAAAACACGGUCAUUUUAAAAUUUUGAUCUUUUGAUAACUAUAUACGAAAAGACGCUGAAUUAAUGGAACAGCCGGUGAUUCCGCCAAUGUAUCAUCGUUUCCGCUCCUCAAAUUCUAAUCGAUUUUUGUUUUGUAUUUUAGUUUUGCUUUUUAUCUUAAACAAAAAGACAUCAAAUACAUUAAUUCCUGUUAAAUUAGAAUUAUUUUAUAUGAAUAGAUGGCAAAUUAAACGGAAUUUACUGAAUGAAACGAGGACUAUUUUUCAGUUGUAUUGAUAUAUGUCGUAAAGUUUGGGAAAUCAGCACGUGAAACGAUGUUUUCCUUCUGUAUUCAUAAUGUUUUCAUGGUCAAAUAUUUGUUGUUUUCACGUCAUGUAUAAUGAUGACGUCAAAUAUGAAUAUAUGUAUAUACUCGUUGGUAUAAUAAGAAUGACGUGAUAUAUAUAUAUAUGUGUGUGUGUGUACUGUUGGUACGAUGAUCAUGAUGUCAUGUUUUACUUUUGUGUAUUUCGUGUUGCGGCAGUAUUGUAUUGCAUGAUUAAUACAAAUGCACUGAAUCGGAAGACUUAAAGGAUUUUCGACACAAAAAAGUACAAGUUGUCUAUAGAUUGGCUUUCUGAGAAGCUUGUCAAAAUGCUCUUCACUCCUGGGGUCAUGCAUACAUGGCGGAUAGCAAAAUACAGAACAAAUGCUAAUGUUAAUCUAAUGAAAUACAUCCAACAGAUUGUCAAGUUGUUUGUAAAAAAAUUGCUGAAAUUUGAUAAAACCUUCACGUUACAUAUGAUGAAUAGUCCAUGCAUUUUGACAAGGCUAGGAUUAGUACAGUAGUUAUCUGCAUUAAAUACUUGUCUUAUCUGCUUAACAGCUGCAUGUUCACUUUUUAAUUAUUAAUGGCAUUCGUCACCGAUUUCAUUAAAAUAUAGCUUACAAGUUCUAUUUUCUUUGGGUAUUCCAAUCCAUCUUCCAGUUUCUAUA